AUGUUGGAAGCUACUGAUGGUUUUAAAAUUGAAAGCGCGCGUUCUUUGACCCCAGAUAGUUUGAUAGUUAGAAGUGAUAAUGAAGUAACAUCGUCUGAUGAAAGAAGUGAAAUGAAUGACACCAAGACAUCCUCCUUAAGAAAAUUCAUUAACAAGUUCAGUAGAAACUCCUCACCUAUUAGUCUUGAGAGUAAUGCGAAGCCAAAGAGGAAAAGUUGGUCAUGGAAGAGAAAGACAAAAAUCUUUGAUUCAAGUUCCGAAUCAAUAGAUAAUAAGAAAUCGUUAUUAUCCAAUGAACCAUCUUUGGAUGAUAUCAAUCUUGUAGCUACAGCUCAAGCAAAAGAGGAAUUUGAUAAAUUACAUAAUGAGGAAGCCAUUGAGAACGAAUUCAAGUUUUUAAGUGAUAAAAUGGAUUUAGGUGAUGACUAUACCAGAGACAUUGAGAAUGGUACUAAUAGUAGUAUGCUUGAUGAUUCAAGCUUCAAUUUUAUUGGAAGAUUGAAAAGUGUCGACUCAUUCAAUAUGAAUACAGGCAUUAAGACUGAUAAUAAUGAACACGUUUCACCCAUAACGCCAAUUGAUGAUGAAUCAAAUGACUUUACCCAAAAAAAUCAACCCACAAAAUCAUCUCUUAACACUAUAUUGAACCCAGAAAUUUUGCAAGAUUUUAAAUAUUUGGAAAUUGAACAGACUCGAGAGAAUAAUCAUGGCAAUUUGCAUAUUACUAACCCAGAAACGAGCAAUUUAUUGCAUUCUGUCAGGAAUAUCAAUCAAAAUCCAGUUAAUAAGACUGAACUCAUGGUAACUGAACACGGAAACCAAUUGCAACCGACAAUUAAAAAAUCUACGACGGCUGAGACUGCUAGUACUAAACUAACAUGCAUAGACGACAGAGCUUUAUUGGCAAAAGAUAGUAAAGUACUUGAAGAUUUCAGCGAAGCUUUUCAUUUAUUGAAUAAUGAAAGAACAACAAAAAAUUUGCAUAGAUACCCUCUGUGUGAUAUUACUACAAAACUAGUAAAUGACACCAAAGCCAAGAAUAAAGAACAUAAAAAGCUUUUGAAGAAAGUAGAAUAUUUAGAAACUUAUACUUCUGAAAAGAAGAAAGCUGUAAAAACGAUUAAAAAAGAUUAUGACGAACUAACCAAGGAGUUCGAACUUGUAAGCAAUGAAAAUAGGGAUUUGUAUAGUUCGGUGAAGAAAUUGAAGAAAGAAUUUGAAUCUACAACAAAAGAAAAAUUGUCACUCAAAGAUGAUAUUAAGAGUAUAAGACAAAAAUUGGAAGAAUUAGGCUCAUAUAAUGAAAAUUUUAAUGGCACUGAUUCUAGAAAGAAUGAUUUAGCUUUCAUUACUAAUUGUUUAGAAGCCAUUGUCGAGUCACAGUUACAGCUAAUGGAAUAUAAUAAAAGACUUAAAGAUUCCAAUGCUCAACUGAGAAAAGAAUAUCACAAACUGACUCUGUCGCUGAAAAAUAGUAGAAACAAUGAAUGGCAAUUCAAUGAGAAUUUUGAAACAACCGAAUAUAUCAACCCUGACCCCAAAAAAUUGGCACAAUAUGGUGAAGAUGUUGUCUUAUCAGAUUAUAAAGAUACAAUUAAUUAUUUGAAACAAACAAAUAAAAAAUUACAGGAUGCUUAUCAUAAUGAAAGGCUAAAAGUCUUGGAUCAUCGUAAGGAAAUACAACGAUUAAAAUAUUCGGUCCAAUUGAUUGAUUGUUACAGAUCAGAGUCAUUACAGUUUAUGUCACAAUUAAUGUGUGCCUUUAGAGAUUGUGUCAGUGAAGACACCAUAUGUGACUACGACUUAUAUUUGAAAAGCUUGAACAGUAUGCAUAGCUUGGCAGAUAUAAUCUCCGCUAAUAAACUUACAAUAGAGGCAAAGCUCAAUACCAUAGAAAAGCAAGUUUCGAAGUUUUAUCAAGAAAUUGCCUCGCCAAAGUUUUUAGAUCAAGUAGUAGCCAGCUAUGCGUCAGCUGUAAAAACAAGCAGUUUUCUCAAUGAAGAAGUUAACGAAUUAAAGCGAUCACUGGAAGAGGAACAUGAAAGAAAUCAAUUUCUAUCACAUUCAUUAAACAAAGCUAAACGCUUAAUAACCGAGUCACACAUACAUUCUUGA